GUUUAUUUGGGACUUUGGGAUGUGUGGUUUUUGGGGUUUGAAUGAAUAUGACCAUAUUUGGUUAUUUUUAUUCUGAUCUUGAAAACCUCUGCAAACUGGAUCUUGAUGCAGGGUUUUGGUCGUAUGAUUCCCUUAGAAAGUUUGGGAUUUCAUCUUCUACCUUUUCACUACAGAGAGGGAAUUUGUCUAUUAGUAGGAACAACUGUUUUUGAGAAUCCAUUAAUGGCGGAGGAUGAUGAUAGAUCAAGAACUGAUCUUAAUGAAAAAUAUGUUAAUAACGAGGAGGCUUCCACCAGUUAUUAUUGUAAGGAUUGUUUUACUAAUAGUAGUACCGUCGUCCAAGAAGAUGAUGGUCAUAAAGACUGGCUUCAGUUGACCGUCGGCGACGGCGGCGGAAAUAACUCAGCCACCGUGAGCCACGACGGUCGGGAUCAUGAGGAGCAUGGUAGGACGACUCGCCUAGGACCCGUGGAGCUGGAUCUACUGCCGUCAGGAAGAUCAAAUGGAAGUUAUGCUAGUAGUGCGGCGGAGCUCCGGCGUCCGCUGCCUAUUCCGCCGCCAGCCGCCGUGGGGUAUAUUAGUUCCACGUUAUCUAAUUAUAAUAACUUCUUGCAUCAUCCGCCGUGGGCUUUUCGGCCCGUUAUGGCUACUCCGCCGCAGGGGCUUUCCGUAGCGGGGUCGUCAUCCUCUUCGCCGUUUUUAUACGCGCCGCCGCUGACGUGUUCCAAUUCUCGGCCGGCUGCAUUACCGCUACUCUAUGCCGGCGCCGGAGUGGUUUCCCCGGGCUUUGAUUGUAGAGUGAUUGAUCCUCCACUUCGUCAACAUUCUGGUAUCUGGUUUUCGCUACAAGCAUCUCAAAAUCAAAGAAAAGAACCUUAUUUGCGACAGAUAUCCAAGAAAUACAUAAGAAUCAAAGAUGGAAGAAUUACAAUCCUAUUAGUGCUAAAGUACCUGGUCAAUAAGCUACGUCUAGAAAACGAAUCCGAGAUAGAGAUUACAUGUAGAGGGCAAGAGCUAUUACCUUCCUUAACAUUGCAACAUGUAAGAGAUGAGAUAUGGAUGAGAAAUUAUCUUUUACAUCCAAACCUCUUAACUUUUGUUGCUACUAAUCAUCAUGUUAUGGUGCUACUCUAUGGUAGAAAAUAACCAAGUGCUUAGAUAUUG